UGGCAACCAACGGUGGCGGCCGUCAGAUUUGACAGAAGAAAUAGCUUACUGCCAGCGUGAUAUCACACAGGCUUCUUCAACACAGAGAUGGCAGUGAAUGUGUACUCCACGUCUGUUACUAUUGAAAACCUAAGCCGACAUGACAUGCUGGCAUGGGUUAACGACUCCCUACAACUCACCUACACUAAAAUAGAACAGCUGUGUUCAGGGGCAGCAUAUUGUCAGUUUAUGGACAUGUUGUUUCCGGGCUGUAUCCUGUUGAAGAAGGUUAAAUUCCAAGCAAAACUGGAGCACGAGUAUAUACAUAACUUCAAAGUCCUCCAGGCAGCUUUCAAAAGGAUGAGUGUUGACAAAAUAAUCCCUGUGGAGAAACUUGUCAAAGGAAAGUUCCAGGACAACUUUGAAUUUGUCCAGUGGUUUAAGAAAUUCUUUGAUGCCAACUACGAUGGAAAGGAAUACGACCCUGUGCAAGCCAGACAGGGCCAGGAUGUGGCUCCUCCCCCCAAUCCAGGUGAACAUAUUUCCCACAAACCCAAGAGAACUUGUGGCCCCUCAGGACCACAGAGAACAUCUCCAACAGUGCCCAAAAAUAUGCCCACGCCACAGAGGGUGACGACCACCACUAUAAGGAAGAACCCCGCCCUGGCACGGAAUGGGGGCAGUGAUGCGGAGAUCAUGGAGCUUAAUCAGCAGUUAAUGGAGCUAAAACUGACUGUGGAUGGGCUGGAGAAGGAGAGAGAUUUCUAUUUCAGCAAACUACGAGACAUCGAACUAAUUUGCCAAGAACACGAGAGCGAGAACAACCCCAUCAUCACCAGGAUAGUUGACAUACUCUAUGCUACAGAGGAUGGCUUUGCACCACCUGAGGAUGAUGACAUUGAGGAGCAGGCUCACUUGGACCAGGAUGAAUACUGA